CCACGAUCCCCUCUUAUAAAAAUAAAAAUAAAAAUCCACAAUCCCCUCACAUGCCGCCGCUCUUCCCUCGCCGUCGCCGGGGCUUCACGACCCGGCACGCUUCCGGAAUCAUCUACCAGCUCUUCUACACCGCUCUGAUUCUCUGCAGGUCUUGUUGAUCGCCAGAUUCGCCAGCCCGGUGACCUCUCAGCCGAGCGCUCCAGACGGCUGCAGUCUCCGCAUCCCGAGUCCACAUUGGCCCGUUGCGCCGCCGCCCCCCAUGGGUCGGUUCGGGUGGCUCCGGCAUGCCUCGAGGUUCCUUGCGCCCCGGUCGGGCGAGGUGGCCGUGCAGAGGUGCGCAUGGAUGCAGCCGAACACACCUUGCAGCACUACUGGCAUCUAUAUUGGCGAUAAGUUCUAUGGUCGAUUCAUAUUGACACCAUUUGUAUUGAGCCGGAGUUUUCAUGCUACAGGUCACCGUUGUUCGGAACACAAGGACUACUACAAAAUUCUUGGUGUUCCUAAGGAUGCAUCACAGGAUGACAUCAAGAAGGCAUUUCAUUCUCUUGCCAAAAAGUAUCAUCCGGACACAAAUAGAGGCAAUACUGCUGCAAAAAGGAUGUUUCAGGAAAUAAGAGAUGCAUAUGAGACACUACGGGAUCCUUCAAAGAGAGAGCAAUAUGACAUGCUAUUUUCUAGAGGGUCAAGGAUGGAGCAUGACACAUUCUCAGGAUCCAACAAUCAGAGACAUGAUCCUUUCACAGAAUUCCACAGACAGAAUGAUGGUCGUUUCUCUAGUAAAUUCUAUAAAAUAUUUUCUGAGGUUUUCCAGCAAGAUAUAAACGCGCAGGCAAAUGAUAUUAAGGUAGAGUUGAAUCUGUCUUUUAGCGAAGCUGCCAAUGGCUGCAUAAAGCAAGUGUCCUAUAGCGCAAAAAAUGUUUGUGAUUCAUGUGGCGGGAGAGGUCACUUGCCAAAUGCAAAGAUAUAUGUUUGUCCCUCAUGUAAAGGUUUGGGAAGAGUCACUAUGUAUCCAUUCACAACCGUUUGUAGUUCUUGCAGAGGUGUUGGGAAAGUAAUAAAGGAUUACUGCUUGACAUGCCAAGGUUCAGGGGUGGUAGAUGGUAUGAAACAUGUAAAAUUGGAUAUACCAGCAGGACUUGAUUCUGGUGACACAAUCAAUGUACCGGAGGCUGGAGAUAGUGGUGGACUUGGUGUCCGAUCUGGAAAUCUACACAUAAAAAUUCAAGUAGAAAUUGAUCCUGUGUUUACCCGAGAUGGUGCUGACAUCCAUGUCGAUAAAAGGAUAAGCUUCACACAGGCAGUGCUUGGUGGAAAAGUUGAAGUACCUAGUUUAAAUGGGAAAACAGAAGUGAAGAUACCCAAAGGAGUCCAACCAGGGCAAGUUGUAGUUUUAAGGGGGAAAGGAUUGCCAGAUCCGUCAGGAUACUUCGGGGACCAAUAUGUCCGAUUCCGAAUUCAUUUCCCCUCGGUGGUUACUGAACGUCAGCGCGCGCUGCUGGAAGAAUUUGCAGUAGAGGAAGCCACGAAAGAACAGAACACUUUUGUAGCAGGAAAUUGGUGGCGACUAGUUGCAGAAAAUAUGACAAGGCAAAAUGUCAUGAUCGGAGUCGGCAUCCUCGUACUGAUUCACCUGAUGCUGAGCAAGGCUAUGAGCUAAGGCCCAAGUUCACUUGUGCUGGGGCAGUGGGGCAACAUCAAAUACUAUAAAUUCUUCGAAGAUUCAGCUUAAUACAAUGAAACAAUGGUUGCGAUUCUUUAAAGAUUAUUUUCACCCACUAGAGAUCACAAUUUUGAAGAAGGCGUCGGUUAGAAGGUUGCUGCUUCCUAUGGUAAAAUAUUACAAUAAUAUCUGCUCACAUAGUUCUGAAACUAUAUGAAGCUGUCAAUUGAGUAAAAAUUUCUUGUUUUUUUCCCUCUUUCCGUGUAAAUGUAAUGUGGAUGCUCUAAAGUUGGAAUAGUUCAACGUGCUGGGUGAAAUUUAUUGUAUCUUUUAAAUUCGCGCACCCUUUAUCUUCGAUCA